AUUUACGGAAUAGGACGCCGUAAGUCUCACCAGGUUCUCUGUGGGCUCGGCAUCACCAACAAGCUCGCCAGAGACUUAACUGGCAAAGAACUCAUUGACCUCCGUGAAGAAGUUGGCAUGCACCAACACGGUGAUGAACUGAGGAGGCGUGUUGGGUCGGUACAGAGACUGGUGGAAGUAGACUGUUACAGAGGAAGUAGACAUAGACAUGGGAUGCCUUGCAGAGGUCAAAGAACCAAAACUAAUGCUCGCACCAAAAAGGGAAAGAGAGUUGCUAUUGCUGGAAAAAAGAAAGCUCCUCGCAAGUAGAACCCUUAAAAACCUCUCUCUACGACUCUGUUGGGAUGAAAUUUGAUCAAAUAAGCAGACAUGAUUUGCUGAGGAAGUAGAGAACUUCCAAGUAAGCAUGAUCUUGAUUUUUUGAACUUGUUCUGCAAUACUCUCUAGCUUCUCUGGUCUCUUGGUUUUGUUUGUUAUCCUUUAGAACAUGGAUCAAAAAGUUAGCCCAUUAACAACUUUUUCUUUGUCACCAAGCCCCUUGAUCUUGUAGAAUUAACGAGAUAAUUAUUAUAUAGAAAACUUCGUCCA